AACCUGUAAUCGAAAACACUCAGUCGCCAAGCGUUGAGGAGAGGCACGACAAUCAGUAACGUUUUGUAACUCGCGGGGACAGCUUGUGUUCUGUUAUCAUUUCGAAAAUUUUGAGGCGAAUAAUCAUGCCGAAAGUUCACAACUUUGGUGCUGGCCCAGCCAAACUGCCUGAAGAAGUUUAUGAAAUUAUGAGAAACGAACUGACGAACUUCGAAGGAUCAGGCAUAAGUUUAUUAGAGACAAGUCACAGAACUCCGAAGUAUAUGAAUCUGAAUAACGAAAUUCAAGAUGUAGUAAGACGGUUGUUAGAUGUCCCAGCAAAUUACAAAAUCUUGUUCCUUGCUGGAGGUGGUCAAGGCCAGUUUGCAGCUGUGCCUCUCAACCUGAUCUCCAGAACUGGGACCGCAGACUACGUUGUCACUGGUGCUUGGUCAGCGAAAGCGGCAAAAGAAGCCAAGAAAUACGGCAAAGUGAACAUGGUUAUUCCCCCCACGGACAAAUAUGUGGAUAUUCCACACCAAUCCACCUGGAACCUCGACCCCAACGCUUCUUAUGUCCACAUCUGCACCAACGAAACUAUUCAUGGAGUCGAAUUUGACUUCAUCCCAGACACAAAAGGAGUGCCAUUGGUAGCCGAUAUGUCAUCCAACUUCAUGUCGAAGAAGGUUGACGUCUCCAAGUUUGGCGUAAUUUACGGUGGAGCGCAAAAGAACAUUGGUACAUCAGGAGUUGCUCUGGUCAUAGUCAGGGAAGAUCUUCUAAACCAGGCUCUCCCGAUUUGUCCUUCAAUUCUGGACUGGACAGUAAACCACAAAAACAACUCCAUUUUGAACACACCACCUAUGUUUGCCAUCUACAUAAUGGGGCGUGUCCUCCAAUGGAUUGAGAAGAACGGUGGUCUCGACGAGAUGGCUACUCGAGCCACGAAGAAAGCCUCUCUAAUCUAUGGCAUUAUCGAGGAAUCCAAUGGUUUCUACUACGCGCCGGUAGCCAAGAAUGUCAGGAGUAAAAUGAACAUUCCGUUCAGAAUCGGAUCUGCUGAAGGGAACGAUGCGUUGGAGAAGGAAUUCCUGAAAGGAGCUGAGGAGUUGGGACUGAUCCAACUGAAGGGUCACAGAGAUGUCGGCGGAAUCCGUGCUUCCACCUACAACGCGGUCACAUUAGAAGAAGUACAAACGUUGGCCAAAUACAUGAAAGACUUUUAUACUAAGCAUUCUAAGUAAACGUAUUUAUUUAGAUUUGUUA